AUGGAUGUGUUCGAGGCCAGGUAUGGAUACAAAUACUGUGUUGCACCGCCUUCUUACCCUACAUCCAGUGAUGCAAACGAAGAAUCGCAGGCUACUCAGCUACUUCAAGAGCUCCUGGAUCAAAAAUCAAGUCCAAUCAAAAGACCAGAAGAAGACCGAAACUCAGCUGCAUAUAAGACGCGGAGCGCACACACCAAUGAGAUAUCUAGCGAUUCCAUAACGUCCUCCCGUAAUUCCAACUCUUUGCCGCAUUAUCAUUUUCACGGUUUGGCCUCCACUCAAACAGAGUCUCAACAACAAGGCGAAGAUGAACAGGCGAAUGAAGGAUCUCAGAAAGAGAACAUUGGAUCGUUAAAACAGACCAAAGAUUUUGAACACUCUAGUCCGUCCCUGGCUACAAGACCGGGUUCACCUUACCAGUCGUCAUCCAGGAAUGUACAAACCAGGGCAGGAACAAGGGCACAAGCCAAAGGGUCUGCAAUACCCAAAGAGAAGACAACAAACAAAAAGGCCCCGACUACGGUUGCCUUUCAGUCGCCUCAAGCCAAGCCGUCCACUAGCAAUACCAGGAGCAGCAAACCCGUGACACGACAAAGCCCAUAUAAACCAACCCUGGCCGCGUCGCGUUAUAAACCGGUACAACGUCGAUCUUCGUCAGAAGAUUCCUUUGCCCAAGAUCCAGAGCUUGACGAACAGUUAUUCAUAGCUAGAUCAGAGAAAUUCAACAUUCCUAUCUCUGAACUUGCCAGGAACUCGUCUCCAGAACCUGAAGCAAAGUCACCCCCAAUGUUCCAAUCCCGUUCUAGUGGCCGCAUGCCACAGAUAAGAGGGAUGGACUCACCUCAUGGCAGAAUACUCGUUGAAGCAACUCCUUCACAAUCAACUAGCUCCCAAAAAUCUCAUCAUAUUGAAGAAACACAGAUCAGCGAAGAGCCACAAUAUGAGGAUAUGCUUCAUAACCCACUCACUGCGAACAGACAUGUUGAGGAUGUAGGCUACCAAAGUAGUGAACAUUCUUCGAGCUAUGGAGAAAUGGCGAAAGAGCCAGAGCAAGAACUGCAACCGACACAACCUUCGACUCAAUUGCAACUUGAACAGACCCAGCCAUCGACACAAGUAGAAGAAUCUGACAUAUUGGCACCGCUUUCUGUGCAAUCUCCGUUCAGCAUAAAUCCCUCUCAUGCAGCUGGCCCGUCCACCGUUAACAGCGGCCCACGAUCUCUAUUGGCCCUCGUUAAUCCCGGUGCCCUGUACCGUUACAGUGCAUACAGACAGGACGAAAAACAUCUACAUCGUAGGGCAACUGGCGGUUGGACUGUCCCUGAGAAAGACUUACAUCUGCAGCGCGCUACCUCUCCCCCGAACGCUGUCUCUAGAAGGUCCAAUCUGCCUCCGCCUCAUGCUAAACGCGGGUUUAGCGACGAUGCCUUUGCAGGCUCACUUUCACCCGAGCCUAUGGAUGUGGACAUAGUCCCAGACUCAGAACCAUUGCGCAAUGAUGUCGAGCUUUCGUCCAGAAGAACACGUAAUUCUGCACCAGGACAACCGUCCGCGAAUCCUGGUCUUCCAAAGUCAAAUCAAGAGCCUGUCAAAGUAGCAGAUAUGUGUCCACCCCCUGAAGCAAAGCUUCAUCCAGUGCCCGCAGAAGAUGAGGACGAAGAUGAAGAUGGAGUUCCCUUAGCUACUGUGAUAGCAGCGAAAAGACCAAGGGGUAGACCGCCUAAGAAUCCCCCAAGUAAGGGAAAGGGGAAAACGUUGAACGAAGCAGGGGCCAAAGUAAGAUAUUUAAACGCGCUUCUAGAUUUCGGCACUAACAUUGAAAUGACAAAGGCUACAGCGGUAGCACCUCCUUCUAAAGAAAAGAAAACUCAGAAGAGGGUUACGGGUGGUUCUUGGGAAACAGGGGUGGUACCAUCUUCUGUACCAGAUCAGGACGAAGCCUCUGCCCCGCGGGGCAUUAUCGACAUCCCAAAGAAGAAACCUCCAGCAUCUCGACAAAGUACAAGAUCGACCUCUGCGGCACCUAAAUCAGGCGAGAACCAAUGGGCAGCGUCGGAGUUGAAGACCAAUAACGAUAAACCAGCGGAGGUGGAUAUCACAGAGGAAGAGGAAGAGGAAGAGUCUGGCCCGUCCCGCAAACGUAAACGAACUGCUCAAACCAAGGCUGCUCCAGCAACUAGGAGUGCUAAAGGUGUCGCAAAGCGUGUUAAGCGUGAGACUGCAACGCCUGGUGGCGGACGACAAGCUAAAAAUCUACGUUCGACUCACUCAACGGCCACAAGGCUUAACAACGAGCCCGGAACUCGUGUGUUUGCGCUUUGGAAACAAGACGGGCAUUAUUAUUCUGGAACAGUGCAUUCCGCGGAACCUGGCAAUCAAUAUCUUAUUCAUUUCGACGAUACGACAAGCAAUAAGGUAACUCUGGAACAAAUGCGUCUCUGUCGUCUACAGAUCGGAGACCAAGUUAUCGUUGCCAAUACCUACCGGCCUACAAAAGUGCUGAGCGUUGAAGUAGAUGGCGAUGAUAUCACCGUCGGGGUAAACCUAGAGGAUGGUGUCAAACAAGUACCUCUUAUUCAUCUCCGAAUCGCUAACAAGACCAUAACAUACGAAUGGAAAGAUCGCGUGCUUACGGCAGAUGCGAUUUCUACCACUAUCAAGCCAGUCAGGGCAAAAUUAAGUCCUUCGCCAUCGAAGUUAUCCAUAGCCAGCUUCCCUGCGAUGCGGGGGCCACGCAAGAAGGUUCUCAACAACACGGCCCUCAUCGUAACUCUAAGCGCAGUCAAUGGCAGCUGGGAGAGAGAGAAGGAGAAAGUUGUAAAUGCUGUAAAGAAUAGUGGUGGAUUGGUUGUCGAUGAUAUGUCGACCAUAAUUCGCAUGGAAGGAAAGCAUUCCGCGAACAACAACCGAUGGAUCAUCAGAAAAAACGAUGUUCAAUGGGUCGGGGACGAAGACAUCGCACGCCUUUUCUUGCUGGCUGAUGAACCUAAUCAAAAGCCCAAAUUUUUGAUUGCACUCGCUCUGGGCAUUCCUUGCCUUUCAACUACUUGGUUACACGAAUCGGUCGAGAAUAAUGCUGAGAAAGAGUGGACUGGGUACUUGUUACCACAGGGAUUCUCUCCUGCUUUAAAAGCUCGCAUCUCCCAACAGGUUGAUGUUGACUGGGGCAACAGUUUCUAUCAACUCAAAGAUAUAAUGUCGAAUGCGGUUGCCUGCAAGCUUUUCGCCGAUAAAUCUAUUCUAUGUGUCGGUCCCGAAAUGGUUUGUCAACCCAAAGGCAAAAGGAGGGCGGUUGUCGAUGACAAAGCACAGGAGGCCACCAAUGCCAUUCCACAAAUCAUACUGGCUAUGGGCGCAGACAGAGUUGAAGCGGUUACGGACGUACGUUACGCUACGCAUCAACUACAAGAAUACGACUAUCUUGUCAUACGAGAGAAACAUCACUACUCGCCAGGAUAUUCGCAAUGCCCCUCUGUCGUCGAUUGGACAUGGGUCAAAGAAUGCUUGAUUGCAUCCCGCUACUUGACCACACCUUCGUGGGGGGAGGACUCGCAGGAAGCCUAA